CGGAGCACAGCGACAGGACUCAGCUCACAGGAGGAUAUACUAUACACACACACCAGCUCGGAUGUGCAAUAUGACUUUUGAAGAAACCAGUGGAGAUAAUUCGUCAGAAAGGAUGGACUCAGUGGCCACAGCGCUGGAGGAGGUCCUGAGCUCCGCGCUGCCUCAGGGUUGCACCACAGUUGGUGUCUACGAGGCAGCAAAGUCACUAAAUGCAGACCCAGACAACGUGGUGUUGUGUCUGCUGGCCACAGACGACGAGGAGGACGUGGCUCUCCAGAUCCAUUUCACCCUGAUCCAGGCAUUCUGCUGCGAGAAUGACAUCAACAUCCUGCGGGUGAGCAACAUGCAGCGUCUGGCAGAAAUACUGGGAGGAGGGAAACCUGGAGGGGAGCCCACGGACCUGCACUGUGUCCUAGUUACCAAUCCCCAGUCGUCCCUGUUGAAGGACCCGGCACUGAGCAAAGUGACCAGAUUCUGCAGAGAAAGCCGCUGUCUGGAUCAGUGGGUGCCAGUCAUCAACCUGCCCGACCGAUGAAACUGCUUGGAUUAAUAAUGUAUUGUGUGCAUUGGGGGAAAAGUAACUGCACAAGGCCUGUGUUAAUGUCUGUGUUGGACUCCUUUGGAAAUGCCCCGGCGAGAAAGAGAGCGAGAGAGAGAGAGAGACGGGAGGGGCAGGGAAAAGAACACAAGGGAGCGAAACGUUCCAAUGAAUUUACCGAGUCAGGGUGAACUUGUGUGCCAAGGAAGAGUGUGACUCAGCAGUCUGGGUUCCAGGAUUUCCAAAGUAUGACUGCGCCUUUCUUUGCCGAGAAAGAAGCCCUUACAGGAAACUCAACCUUGUGAAAGGACAAGCACACGUGGUGUUGAGCACAAGCGCAGGACUGAGGAAAAGCAGACAGAGUCUCAGUGGACAAGACUCCACAGAACUGGACCAUGCUGGAGUGGACGGGUCGGAGCUCUCAGCUUGAAGAAUUCCUCAUGAAAAUUUGACCAAAUCCAAGCAUUUCUUUUACAGCACAUUUAUUUAAUUGUAUUUAAGACACUUUGAUAACUCAAAAGGGAAAGUUUUCACAGUUCAUUAUUAUUAUUAUUAUUAUUAUUAUUAUUAUUAUUAUUAUUAUUAUUAUUAUUAUUAUUUUAAGGGCAAUGCAAUGUUUAGAUUUGUCCACUAACUGAUAUUUGUGCCUUAUUAAUUUAAUGAAUUAUAUUUAUUGUUCAUGGAAUUCUGCCUUGUUACGUUGAAUGAAAUAAACAGACAACCAACAGUUCACAGGGUGGUUCUGCCUCCAUGAUUCCCACGUACUACAGGUUUAGAGUGCUUGUCGGAAGUCACAGGGUGUCCUGAGGACAGCGUGUGCCUCUUGAGUACACAGCCAGCACAUAUAAAGCUCAAUGUGCUCCCCCAUGCUGGGUGUGGGUUUUGCUCUGCAAUGUCGCCCACUGGGCAGGUUAAAGUAUUAACUCCACACAUUUCUAACCUUGUCUGCAGCUUGCAUCUUUUGGACCAAAAGCAAGAUAAUGUUUUGGUUGUUUUUGGUAGUCUGUCAUAAUA